AAAAUAUGGGUUAGUAAAAAAAUAUUUUAUUAUAUAUUUUCAAGAUAUAUUUGUACAAGUAAGCAUAUUUACAUAUAUAAGCAAUUUAUAUAUAUAUAUUCAUUGUACGUAUGUUUUAUAAUUAUAGAUGCGAAUACAAAGUUAUGUCAAGGUAAAGAUAUCUUUGAAAGAAUGAAUUAUUUAUAUCAGGUAAUAACAAUCUUGAAUGGUUUUUCAUAUCUUAUUGUUAGAAAUUAAAGUAUAAUUAUUAAUAAAAAACUGUACUUUCAGGCAAGUUACUUAAUGGCAUUAAAAAACAGAGUUGCAGCAUCAUAUUACGGCAAUGUAAUGGUUGGUUGUGCAAAAAAAUCGGUUCUAAGAAUGUGAGUUUUAAGAAUUUAAUUAUCUAUAAUAUAUUUAAUUACUUAUAGUCUUAAAUUUAUUUAAUUAUAAUCUCAAUUAGUUAAGCAAAAGAUACAUAUAAUCUUUCUUUUUCAGAGAGUCAGAUAUUAAAAGAACAAUUUGUAAAUGUUGUCAGUCUCCACUUAUACCUGGUGAAACUGCAAGAGUACGAUUAGUAUCAAAACCAGUGAAAGGUAUAAAGUGGACAUGUUUAACAUGCUUAAGCAUUAAAAGGUAUCCUACAAAAAAAGGAUAUAAAUUAUGGACUGAACAACCGAAUUCAGUAGUUCUUAAUUAUACAUCGAAAUCAGUAGAUGAGAAGUCCGUUGUUGAGGCACAAAAGAGGAAUUUAGAUAAAGAAAACUCUGUGAAAGAUAUUGAAAAGAAUUGA